UCCAGGUGGCGCCAAAACAUACGACAAUAAUAUUCCAACUAUUGUACCAAAAAAUGUCCAUUUAACGGUCUAGAAGCCCCGUCCGACUCAACGUGCAAGGAAUCGUGAAUUUUUUCACCCAAACACGGAUUUUUCUCAAGUUGGCUGUAAAAGCAUUGGUCUCGAAUCGAAUGAACUUCUUCACUUCAAUGAAAGCAGCAAUGUUGAAUAUACCGUAGAAGUAGCUGAACAUGAAGAUUGCCAGGAGAAAAUAGAAGAAUUAAGUCUACGAAUAGUGGAAUUAGAAAACAAAAUAGUCUCUCUGAAGGAACAUUAUGAGAGUCAAAUUAAGGAUCUAGAAAAUCAAGUCUUCAAGAAAUCAUUUACAAUUGAAAAAUUUAAAGAUGAUGCUCAUCUGUUUAAAUUUUAUACUGGACUUGAAGACUACACUGUCUUUAGGUGUAUUUUUGAAUAUUUUGGUCCUGUCGUAGAAAAUAUGAUUUAUUAGGACUCUAACACCAACUCAGAGAGACUAACAAGCCCUGAUCAGAUAAAACGGGAAAGGAAAAGGACUCUUGCUGCAGAACAGGAAUUUUUUAUGGUUCUGGCAAGGUUAAGAUGUGGUUUACUGGAGGAAGAUUUAGCUUGUAGAGUUGGAAUUUCUUCAUCCCAUGUUUCUAGAAUCUGCAUAACUUGGCAUGAUUUUUUAUACACAAGAUUUAGAAGUCAUCCUAUAUGGCCCACAAGGACAGUUGUGAAUGAGACAAUGCCUCAGGGCUUUAAGAAUUCCUACCCUCAAACAAGAGUUAUAAUAGAUUGCACCGAACUUUUUAUAGAAAUGCCAAGCUCUCUAAGAUCACAGAGCAAGACAUACUCCAAUUACAAACACCAUAACACUGCUAAGGGAUUAGUGGGCAUUGCACCAUCUGGAAUGAUUACAUUUGUUUCUGACCUAUAUUCAGGAAGAACAAGUGAUAAGGAGGCUACUAAACAUUGUGGAAUACUUUCUUUACUUGAAGAGGGUGACAGCAUUAUGGUGGAUAAGGGAUUUGACAUCGAGGAUGGGCUGCCAAAGAAUGUUUCUCUUAAUAUCCCACCAUUUCUUAGGGAGAAUGACCACUUGUCAUUGGAGGAGGAAACAGAGACUAGACAGAUUGCAGCAUUACGCAUACAUGUAGAGCGGGCCAUUCGCAGAAUCAAAUUCUUUAGAAUUUUGAAAAUAGAAUUCCCAUUAUCCAUAGCUGCUGACCUAAACAAAAUAUGGGUAGUUUGUGCAUACUUGUGUAAUUUUUUGCCACCAAUCAUUGCAGAAAGUGGGUAGAAAAAAAAGAGGGAGAGAGGUAAA